AUUAGUCAUGUGGACUGGGCGUGGUUUUGGCUGAUGAGGUGGUUGUUGUCGGGCGGAAGAAUCGCUGCGGCUUGACGUUUCAGUGUGUCUAGCUAAUUUAUUAGUUUUAAUUAUUUUAGAUAUGAAUUCAAACGUUGCUUUGUUGUAAGGAUAUCCACAAGCCCAGGAGCAGCAACCAGACUUCACCUUCCCUGAAGUUGUCUAAUGGCUAUAUUCUACCUGAGGGCAAACUGACUCCCAACGCCCUCUUUGUUGGUGGGAUUGACAUGAAGGUGGAUGAAAAUGAAAUGCGGGACUUCUUUGCCAGAUAUGGUGCUGUUAAGGAAGUAAAAAUUAUCACAUACCGUGGAGGAAUCUGCAAAGGGUAUGGGUUUGUGUACUUCAACGAAGAUGUCAACAUUCAGUCAAUCAUUGAGCAACAGAUCAGUUUUAAGGGCCGGAAACUCAAGCUGGGCCCUGCCAUCAUGAAAGAAAGGAGCUCUCGGUCCAUGCCAUCACGUCUGGUUGGCCCGGCUCCUUGGAUGAGCCCCACUCAGUACUUCUACUGUGCUUGCUGCUCACCCAUGGGAGGGGGUAUGACACAACCUUCGCCCAUCCUCAGUGGAGGCAGCCCCUACAAUCAGCCGUACUCCUAUUCCAACUUUGGAGGGGUCAUGAUCCCACAGAUGCCAGUGAACUACGCACAGAACGCCUAUGCCUACCAGUACACUCAACCUCACUGGACGGCGGACCAGAGGACACGGCCUGUCAAUCAGAACUUUGUGGACUGUGGAGUCCAGACUAUGCUGACUGUGCUGUAAUCCACAGCUACUGAGCCCCCUGCCAGAUACAAUGGCUACAGUGAGUCAAAAGGCAGACAGGAUGACAUCUUGAUGUUCCGGACGGUUGGAAGCAACCCAACUCCUCACUGUUUUCAGAAAGCCCUCCCCUCUUCUCCCUUUCUUCAACUUUUGAGACCCAUUUUAACACCAGACUGCAGGAGCUCUCCACUUUAACUGUACUAGUUUGAUCACAGUCACUUUGACCACGACUUGUAGGGACCACUGGCGUGUGGUCAAACCGCUUUUAAACCACAUGGAUCACAGUAACAGUCACACAGGAAGAGCAGAGCACCCUCACCGUACCAGCUGAUAUAUGGGCUCACAUUCCUCAUUCUUUCUUGUUUUCCUUUGUUAAUUAUCCCAAACAAAAAAUGGAAAAGACUUUUAAGCUCACCCUUUGUGGCUAUUUAUAUUUUAUGUUUUAUUAUUUAAUUUUGGAAUUAUUUUAAAUGUUUGUUUGGUUGGGGCUUUUUUUAGCCUCUGCAGGGGCUCUCUGUACAUAAAAGGUUUUAUAUAUAUAUAUAUAUAUAUAUAUAUAUAUAUAGUAACAAUGUCAUCACAGAAAUCUGGUUGUUUCAGCAUUGGAGUAGAAUGCUUCUUUAACUCCAAUUCAGGUCUAAUGCUCCUCUGAUUAAGAAAUGUCAUUAACUUGUCUACUACAGCAUAAGGGUACUUCGUCUCCAUUAAUUUCAUGCACUCACAUUUAUUUUGGUGUCUAUUCUAUUUAAUUGGGUGUCGAUUGAGGCAGUAAAUGAAUGACAAUUUUGUCACAUUAAAGCACCUCAUCAAUAUCACUGAUUUCUUGUCUUGGUCAAACGGCAGACUUUUCAAGUUGAGUUCCACAGAGUAUGUUGUGGCACACUGAUGAUCUGUGUGUUGCAUUUCUAAACUGUCCCAUCCUGUGACUGGCGUAUCUCAAGCGGUUCCAGGGGUUCACACUCAAGGACAAUCACGGCAUCAAUUUACUUAAAUUUUGAAAAACAUAAAGUAGAAAGCAGUUUAAAAUCACUUUGAAAAUGAAGGACAUGACUGAAAGUAAGGUGCUCUCUGUUUCUUUGGGGAAAAACAUUCUCUGUACAUUCUUCACUUAAUAGUGGUUUCUCUCAGCAUUUUGGGUUUUAAUCUAAUUGCAGGUGAACUUGCACAAAGCAUUUUACUGACAUUGAAUAAGCGAGCAGUGAUUCUUAUAUAUAUAUUAGUUUUCAGUAAGUGCACUUCAUUUGUCUUUUGUUAACUUGAUACACUUAAAGAGCAGCUUUGUAAUUGGAGAUGCACAUUUGGUAUUUGGUGUACAUCACAGAUUUUCUUUCCCUUGACCCAGUUCUGCAUAGUUUUAUUUAGGCAUUGACCUUAGGGUCUCCUGUGUGCAGACAUCUGAUUGUAUUGAUAGAAUGGUUUUGUUCAGAGAGCCUGGACACUGCACUGUUAGGUUUGGUUUAUUGUUAAGUGUUCAUGUUUUGUAGGGGUUCUAUGUUUUUGUUUGAAAAAUAAAAGUUGAAGUAUGUUAUCAUUUAA